CCGCUGCUUUUCGCGGGCGGGGCUGCUGCAAAGCAUCUUUCUCCAGCGGAUCCCCAGCUGCAGCCUGUCUUUGUUCUGGUUGCUGCCUCCUAGAGCGGCUGGCAUCUGGCUCUCACCCCUGCCUCUCCCUUCCUGCCCACCCCCUGCCUCUGAUCCGUAACCUCUUCACCCACCUCUCGGUCCCAGAUCCUGCCUUCCCGCCUCCCCCAAACUUCGGGCCAGCUCCCUUGCCUGGUACCCUUCACUCCGGCCCUCCCUCCUGCAUCUUCUUCGCCCCCACCCCGAUCACUCUCAGGCCCCCCUUUUCCCAAGGUCCGGGUCGUUGCGCCCGGCCCCUCCCCUCCAGGCCGGGGAUGUCCCCCGCAGCCCCGCGCGGAUGGUCCUGACGCUUCUCCUCUCCGCCUACAAGCUGUGCCGCUUCUUCGCAAUGUCAGACCCACGGCCCGGCGCCGAGCGAUUAGCGGUGCCGGGCCCGGACCGGGGCGGCGGCGCGUGCCCCUGGUGGGCCGCAGGCGGCCGUGGGCCCCGCGAGGUGUCGCCCGGGGUAGGCACCGAGGUGCAGGGCGCCCUGGAGCGCUCACUGCCCGAGCUGCAGCAGGCACUGUCAGCGCUGAAGCAGGCGGGCGGCGCGCGGGCGGUGGGCGCCGGCCUGACCGAGGUCUUUCAGCUGGUGGAAGAGGCCUGGCUACUGCCGGCGGUGGGCCGCGAGGUAGCCCAAGGUCUGUGCGACGCUAUCCGCCUGGAUGGCGGCCUCGACCUGCUGCUGCAGCUGCUGCAGGCGCCGGAGCUGGAGACGCGAGUGCAGGCCGCGCGCCUGCUGGAGCAGAUCCUGGUGGCUGAGAACCGGGACCGAGUGGCGCGCAUCGGGCUGGGCGUGAUCCUAAACCUGGCAAAGGAGCGCGAGCCAGUGGAGCUGGCGCGGAGCAUAGCAGGCAUCUUGGAGCACAUGUUCAAGCACUCGGAGGAGACCUGCCAGCGGCUGGUGGCGGCCGGUGGCCUGGACGCGGUGCUGUACUGGUGCCGCCGCACGGACGCGGCGCUGCUCCGCCACUGCGCGCUGGCGCUGGCCAACUGCGCGCUUCACGGGGGCCAGGCGGCGCAGCGGCGCAUGGUGGAGAAGCGCGCCGCGGAGUGGCUCUUCCCGCUCGCCUUCUCCAAAGAGGACGAGCUGCUGCGGCUGCAUGCCUGCCUCGCGGUGGCAGUGCUGGCAACCAACAAGGAGGUGGAGCGCGAGGUGGAGCGCUCGGGGACGCUGGCACUCGUGGAGCCGCUGGUCGCCUCGCUAGACCCCGGCCGAUUCGCCCGCUGCCUGGUGGACGCCAGCGACACAAGCCAGGGCCGCGGCCCCGACGACCUGCAGCGCCUCGUGCCGCUGCUCGACUCGUCGCGUUUGGAAGCACAGUGCAUCGGGGCUUUCUAUCUCUGCGCCGAGGCGGCGAUCAAGAGCCUGCAGGGCAAAACCAAGGUAUUUAGCGACAUUGGUGCCAUUCAGAGCCUGAAACGCCUCGUUUCCUACUCCACCAAUGGCACCACGUCGGCGCUGGCCAAGCGCACCCUGCGCCUGCUGGGUGAGGAGGUGCCGCGGCCCAUCCUGCCCUGCGUGGUCAGCUGGAAGGAGGCCGAGGUCCAGACGUGGCUGCAGCAGAUCGGCUUCUCCCAGUACUGCGAGAGCUUCCGGGAGCAGCAGGUAGAUGGCGACCUGCUCCUUCGGCUCACGGAGGAGGAACUCCAGACCGACCUGGGCAUGAAAUCGGGCAUCACCCGCAAGAGAUUCUUUAGGGAGCUCACGGAGCUCAAGACCUUCGCCAACUACGCUACGUGCGACCGCAGCAAUCUGGCCGACUGGCUGGGCAGCCUGGACCCGCGCUUCCGCCAGUACACGUACGGCCUGGUCAGCUGCGGCCUGGACCGUUCGUUGCUGCACCGCGUGUCGGAGCAGCAGCUCCUGGAAGACUGUGGCAUCCGCCUGGGCGUGCACCGCGCCCGCAUCCUCACGGCCGCCCGAGAAAUGCUGCACUCCCCACUGCCCUGCACCAUCUGCAAGCCAGGUGGAGAUGCCCCGGAUGUCUUCAUCAGCUACCGCAGAAACUCAGGUUCCCAGCUGGCCAGCCUCCUGAAGGUGCACUUGCAACUGCACGGCUUCAGUGUCUUCAUCGAUGUGGAGAAGCUGGAAGCAGGCAAGUUCGAGGACAAGCUCAUCCAGAGCGUCAUGAGUGCCCGCAAUUUUGUGCUGGUGCUCUCAGCGGGGGCACUGGACAAGUGCAUGCAGGAUCACGACUGUAAGGACUGGGUGCACAAGGAAAUUGUGACUGCUUUGAGCUGCGGCAAGAACAUAGUGCCCAUCAUUGACGGCUUCGAGUGGCCAGAGCCGCAGGCCCUGCCCGAGGACAUGCAAGCUGUGCUCACCUUCAAUGGCAUCCAGUGGUCCCACGAGUACCAGGAAGCCACCAUCGAGAAGAUCAUCCGCUUCCUGCAGGGCCGCUCCUCCCAGGACUCAUCUGCAGGUUCCGACACCAGUUUGGAGGGUGCCACACCCAUGGGCCCAACCAGCCCCUAGUUCCCAGGCCCUGUUGUCACCCAUUUUCCAUCACACCCCCACCCCACCCCCCACCCUCCCAGAGUAGCUCCUUCCUGUCCAGGCCAGGCUGGGACAGCCAGGGCUCUUCUCAGGAAAUGGCUUUCCCUCUUCGCCACCUCAUGGUCCCCCUCAAACCCAGCUUCUUCAGUAUCUGGUAAGAGAAGUCAGGCAUUGUGGUGGUAAGACCACCCCAAACCCUGCCACCAGAUUCUCUGUCUUGAGUGUGGGGACGUCACUGCUCAGUCCUGGAGACACUUGAGGUGGAGGUUGAUUGCAUACCACCCCUUUCCUGCCCUGAGAGCAGACAGCGUGAGCAGGAUGAAGGGCAAGGCCCAACUCCUCUCAGCCAGCAAGGGCCUGGACCCAGGAGCCAGCGGGGAUGAGAGUCCAACUAUGCCCGGCCCCUGUGCUCACCACUUCCUGCUGCCCUAUAGCCACUCAGUGCCCUUAGCCGCCUAACCAGGUCCUGAAUCUCCUCCCUCAGUCUUCCUGAGGUGCAGCCUCCUUGCACACAUCAGGGGUGGGGGCAUGGGCAGGGCAGGCUGGGCCAGCCCCCAGUCCGGCAGAUCUGCAGUUGCUUCGGCUUUACUGCACUCACUGGUGCCUGCGAGCCCCUGCCUGGACCCAGCCCAGAGCAGGCCACAUCUCAAAGGGCAGCCAGCCUGCCCUGCCCUGUGCCUUGGUGCUGUGCUUCAGACUCCUGCCCUGCCUGGUCCAGCUGGCUUCUCCCAGCCCCUCACCCACCCACUUGCUCAGGGGGAACAGGGACAAGGCAGCCCCUUGUGGCAGGAGCAAUAGCCUGGCUAGAACCUAUCGCUCCAUGGGAAGAAGCAAGAUCCUGAAGGGCAAGGUGUGUAUUUGAAUCACCUGGGAGUUUUGUUAAAAUUCCAUUCAGGAGCUCUGGGUGGGGUCUGUGAAUCUGCUUUUCUCACAUUGCCAGGUGAGCUGCUGCUGGUGGCUAAGUAGCAAAUGCCUGGCAAUUCUUCGCCAUUUCCCAGAAAUUCCAUACCAUGGUCUCUAUAGUUAUCAGAACAACCCUACCCAGCACAGUACUCAUUUGACAGAGAAGGAAACUGAGGUUCAGAAAGGUUGAGUGGCAUGCCAUUUCCCUAGCCAUUCACGGUAGCCCCUGGCCCCAGCCCCGGCUUCCUGUGCUCUGUCCACUGCAGUGGGCCUGCUCUCCUGACUGGAGGUGAGCCCAGGGCAGGGCUGUUGCCCACCACAGCUGGCUCCUCCCUCACCCCACAGAAUCUCGCAGUGAAGGGUAGGUUAUCAGAAUGAAAAGCUGGCCCAGGGGCUGUACAGAAGUAAUUGAGCAAGAUGUGCCUCUGCCCUUUCCUUCACUAGGAUAGAACAAGAAAGUAUCCUCCCUUCAAAAUUCCCAGCUUCAGCCCCUUCAGCCACUGCCCUCCUUCCCUCCCAAGGACAGUGGCUAACAUCUCAACACUGGCUAGGUCCAGGGCUGCCUCUCAACAGGUGCAGGCCAGGUCACCCCUAGAUCUUAAACCACAUCAUCAGAAAGUCAAAGGUCUCACUCUGGGCCUAGGAUCUCUCCCCCCACUGCCCUCCCUGCCAGAGACAGUGCUGGUUUCAACUCUGGCUUUGACUGCAUUUGACUCUCCUUCCUUCAUACCACACAUGUGCCCACCAGUGCCAGGUCCUGGAUAUGAUGGUGAAUGAGAUCAACUGGAUGUUGCCCUCCCAGAGCUGAGACAGUAACAAUACAGUGUGCUGAGUAUCCUCCGGCAGCUUUGUCAUUUUGUCCCCCAUCAGUCCUUCCUCAUGAGGUCCCCUCGGCAGCACUCAGGGUUUCCUGGCUGUCUCCUUUUCUGUUUGGUACAUCCUUUGCUUCUGUCCAUUUACUGCUUGGUCUUCUGGUUGAUCUCUGCCCUUCUGUUUCUUCAAGAAAUCAGAGCCCAGACUCUGCCCUCCACCUGGGUGAGGCCAGUGUUUCUAGGGACUGUUCCAGGGACUGCUGUGACAAACUGCCCAGACAGCAGCCAGGGCAGGCACCUUGGCCCUCACCUUCCACCCAGGCCUGGCCUCAGAGGGCUGUCC